GAAACAUUGUUGGGCUGUUAUGGAUGUUCGCACACCUGCGACCUGGCGAUCUUUUUUAACUGGGUGAUGUCGUGCUUCUGAAGGGGCGUUUACGCAGGGACAAUUUGAGGAGGAGCAACAUCCCCAGCAGCCCGGAAGAUGGACUAUUCGCAUCGAAAAUCAGAAAUUAUGAUUAUGGCACGAUAUCGCCUAAGACAGCGUCUGUUUUUUCAAAGCAAAUAAUUUAUGAACGAUUUAUAGUUCAUUCUUUAGGUACAGGACAUCUCAGAGUUUCAAAAAAGUUUACAUAGUUAGCUAGCAAACGUUAGCUGAUCAAGAUCCGGAAAAAGCCGGAAAAGUAAACAUCACCGUUUACUUUAGCAGUCCCAAACGGAAAUACAGAGAUGCAAUGGAGUUUUGCAAUAAGGUAAAAGAAAAAACAAACGGAUGGAUUGAAAAAUAAUGGAAAUUAAUUUAAUUUGAAAUAAAAGUAAUCACUAGCAUUGACGAGAACACAGUAUUGCUAGCUAACGUUCGCUAAUAAAAUUUUACUUCUGAGGUUAGGGUUGUCAGCCAGCGACAUACAAUAGCUGAUUGGCUAGCACUCUCUAUGCAGCUAGCUAAUUAAAUUAAAUAACAACGAGGCUUAUAGACUACCUUGCAAUUAGCUAUCUAGCUAAAGACAAAAGAAUCCCGUUCCGUGUAGCUAGCCAACAAGAUAACUUUGAAUGGCUUGUCAUCUAGUAAACAUUAGCUAUUAGAGUUUCACAUUGCACUCCGUUACCAGACUAGUAUAACGAAAACGAUUCUGUUUUGAGGACAGGGGGCUGGGUAGCUCAUAAGCGUUACUGGCUUGGAAAACGUCAUAACGUUACACUGAAGCAGUUGAUUUUGUUCUGAAGAUGGGAAGAAAAAAGAAGACAUUGCAUGACUAUGCUGCGGAGUUUAGCGAUUUAGGAGUGAAAAGACAUGUGGUGGAGCAACACAACUCUGGCGAGAGGACCUUGGUGGAAAUAUUGUACUGCAGAUCUUGUGAAAUCACGGUUAGGGUCCGUAGAGAUCGGAUACUUGAGCACCUAGCCUCGGCCAGGCAUUAUCGAAACAAACGCCUUGCCAAACUGUGGGACCGAAAGCCCCCUCUCAUACCCUCGGAGACAGAGCUCCAGCCUGGCUCACCUGUGGAGCUGGACUCCACGUCGACGCUGGCCCUGCAGCCUCAGCUCAUCCUUCACAGGAACCCCUUCACCUCCCUCCCGUCGCCCGCCUUCCAGCCGGGGCCCCCCAUCCACUCCAGCAGCAUCAGCUCUACGUCCUGCAGACAGGGCGCGGCCUCCGCCCCGGGCCACGCCGCCCCCUCUACGUCCGCCGGCAGGUCCCACGCCCUCCCGCCGUCCCGCUUGAGAAGCCCCGAGCCCACGGCGCCCGCGUCCAGCUCCAGCCCCUGGCUGGCGGUGCCGGAGCCCUCGAACUCGGCCGGCACGCGCUGCGCGUUCGGGGAGGGGGAGCCGGGCGCAGCGGGCGUGGGCCUGGCCCUGUUCGGGGUGGGCACCGGCAGCAGGGCCCUGUGCCAGAGCUUGGUGGAGGAGAAAGGGUGCCACCUGCUGUAUAUCGUGGAGGAGCAGCGCUGGGAGGUGGAGACCGUGUUCAGUCAGGAGCACCUGGCGCACACCAGGGUGCUGCGGGCCGUCGACACGGACAUUGUGCUGAGUGACCAGCGUGUCGCCGGAAUCUUGGUCUGUUCCCCUCCUAAAGAGGCCUCGAAAAUAGUCCUAUGUGCCUUAAGAGCAGGUAAAGGUGUGUUCUGUGAGAAGCUGCCCAGCUUAGACAGACGGAUCGCGGAGUCCUGUUUCGAUGAGGCGGAGAGACACGGGAUGCCGCUGGUGUGUGGCUUCUACAAGCGCUUCGACCCAGCCCUGCAGUAUCUGUACAAGAAGGUGAACGAGAGCGACACCCUGGGGAGAAUACAGAAGGUUGCGGCCGUGAGCCGUCUCUACCCCCGCCCCACUGUGGCCAGGAUCAAGGCAUCCGGUGGCAUAUUCUUCAGCAUGGCGGUGCAUGACAUUGAUGUCAUAUGCUGGCUGUUGGGUGAACGCAUCCCAGACACCAUAUUUUCGUUGGGACAUGCAUUCUGCGCAGAGGUGGCUUCAGUGGAUGAUGCUGACUCGGUCACCGUCAGCAUGAAGUUCCCCAGCGGCGCCAUCGCCUCCCUGGACAUCAGCCAGCACUGCCACAAGAGCUGCGACCAAAGACUUGAGGUCCACGGAUCGGAGGGCUCCCUGCAGAUGGAGAACAGGAAUCCGCUGGGAGUGUGCGACCGCAGCACGUCGUCCGGCCUGUCUCUGCAGUCCACUGCCGACCGCUUCCUGGACGCCUACCGGGAGCUGCUGCGCCACUUCCUGCGGACCCUCAGAGGCGUGGAGCCUCCUUUCAUCACCAAAGAGCAGUAUUUGUGGACGGUCCAGGUGGCCGCAGCCGCGGAGCAGUCGUGGAAGAACGGCUCUGCGGUCGACCUACGCGACGAUUCGCCGAAAAUCAUGGUCAUCAAGACCGAGGCCUGACCGCGCCUGACCUCACCUGCCCACAGCGAGGCUGCACCCGGGCCAUUAUGAAGGCGAGGCAAAUCCGGCAAACGAGAGUUUCAGCUCGUCUGUUCACCGAGUACUCAUUCUGUUUUCCCUUCUUUGUGUGAAAUACGUUGUGCAUACUGUAGUUUUACCACCCGAGACCAGUGCUUCCUUACGAACAGUUCGUUCAGUGCUUCGGUUCUGCACCUCUGUGGGUCGUAUGGAUUAUGAGGUUUUAAGUGGCUAAAAUAUGAGGUACUUUGUCACAAUGCAAGGCAUUUUUUAGAUCUGAAUUAUGUAAACUUCAGCAUACCAAACAUACACCAAGACCACUGCAGUUAGUUAGUGUGCGAACUAUGAUGUAAGAAUUGGUUAAUCUUGUUAUUUAUAUUCAUGUCCAAAAUAUGGUUCACCAGUGCAAGAAGCAAUAUAUUUAAAAGUGUAGUACCUGUUUGAUUUUGGCUUGUACACUUACACCUUGCUUGCCUUUUUAUGUUCUGAAAAACAAAAAGCAUAGGAAGGUGGUGGCAGAGGUUGGUGUACAUGCAAUGUUAAUAUGAACAUGGCUAGAGUACUGAAUUUUUUGUGCCGUCCAAUAUUACGCAUUGGAAUUGGGAUGCCAAAUAUUAUAAGAGCAAACAAAAUGAACAAAUGUUGCAACUUGCACGUUGGCUCAAAGAGCUAGCAUUCCAAUGUACAAUCUUUUUGCUAUACAGACCAUAGUACUGAAACUUACUUUUACUCUAAAGUUUUCCUCUGUAUUUUCACUGUUGUUAAAAUUUCACUUUCACCAUAACCAUGUAAAUACUACAAAUUUUAUUUUUAACUUUUGAGGCAUAUAUGUAUGGCUGAAAAGUACUGAUAAACACAGUAAAGCUAUAGCAGUACUAUAAGAACACCUGCCUAACAUUGCAUGAAUGUGUGUGUGUGUGUGUGUGUGUGUGUUUGUGUCCACCACAUUUCAUCCUGGGCUUUAUAGUAAAAUUACCAUGUGUGAAUAUAUGUGUGGUUGCUUAGUUGCUGUUCAUUGUUUAAGAACAUGAAAGAUUUUUGAAUUCCUUGUUAAGUUUUACCAGUUCUGUUGCGUUCUUGUUGGUUAAAGGCUGCUGUAGAGAGAAGCAGUUUUGCAACCACUGCAGCAAUGCACCUGUAAAAGAAAAUAUAAAAUAUAUCUGUAAAUGCGUUACUUCCUCUUUUAUUGUAAAUUCCUCAAUAUAUGCUUUUUAUGUGUCAACUUGCA